AUGGGCACUUAGAACACUUAAAAUUAGGCUGCUGAUUUCGAUAAGAAAAUAGAGGAGAAUAUAUAGAAGAGAGAACUUAUGAAGUUGAGAAAAGGGUUCUAUCAGAAUUUAAAGCAAUAUUAUUAAAGUAGAAAAUACAAGGAAUUUAUCACAUUGAACUGUGCAGAUAAGUGUAUCAAAACAUUUAGAGAAGAUGAUUUAACCAGAAGUGAGACAGUUUGUCUCAUGAAUUGUUAUAAUAAAUACUACAGAUAUCUCGCAUACUCUAAUACACUUUACUCUUAUAUUAUAAACACAGAUUUUCUAGACGACUCUAGUUUUGAACCUGAAUUAGAAAGUCCAAAUGGUAAACCUAAGGGUGAAGGCUCUUCAUUAAUGAUCGAUCAGAGUAUGGGAGGAAUAGCUGCUAAAAUAAUGUGA